AGGAUGGGUGAAUCUACCACUCUGGCCGUCCACCGGUGUCGCUUCGUCGACUACUCACCCUCCGCCAUAACAUCCAUCGCCUUCCCGCCCCUUCCUCUCCCGUCCCUCUCCAAAAAAUCAAAAGGCAAAAGCAAAUCGUCAUCAGCUUCUAAUGCCAACGGAACGAGUACUCAGAUCCCGAAGGUAGGGACACUAGCUGUAGGACGAGCGAAUGGAAAUAUCGAGCUUUAUGAGUGGACGGGAAAUCAGAGGGAGGUUCAGGCUCCGCAGGCUUGGGUCGUUCGGCAGACAUUAGUUGGUCCUAUAGACUCCAAAAUCGACUCUUUAGUCUUCACGCUUCGCUACCCAGACUCUGUAUCUCGAGACGAAGGACCCUCUAUCAAUGACCUCAGAUUAUUCAGCACCUCCGGGGGGAGUGAACUCUUAGAAUGGGAUCUUCAGCGGAACUGUAUACGGAGAUCCAUUCCCUCGCAAGGAGGUUCUAUAUGGUCCGUGGCCGCCAACGCCGCCUCUACAAUGCUUGCUCUUGGCUGUGAAGACGGUUCGAUCCAUAUCCUGUCGCUCGAAUAUGAUACGCUGGACCAUCACCGUCGUCUCGAACGUUCGAAGUCUAGGAUUUUGAGUCUUGCUUGGGGCCCACCCCUGCCGCCUCAGCCAAAAUCCACAAGAAAAUCAUCUUCGAAUCCACGGGCGGGUGUAGAUGGAAACGAUGAGAGUGAUAGCGAUAGUGAUGAGGAGGAAGACGAGUGGAAGGACGAGUGGAUCGUCGCUGGCUGCUCAGAUAGUAGUUUGAGGAAAUGGGAUGUGAUUAGUGGAAGGGUGUUGGAAAAGAUGGGAACCGACAAGGUGAGGGGUGAGAGGACAUUGGUCUGGACUGUUGCCGUUAUUGGGGAUGGAACGAUCAUCUCGGGAGACUCAAUGGGAAUGAUAAAAUUCUGGGACUCAAGGACAUGUACCCAGUUACAAAGUUUCCAAGCCCACGGAGCGGACGUUCUUUGUCUCACCAUCGGACAUGACGGAACAACAGUUUACUCCUCCGGCGUCGAUCAAAAAACGACCCAAUUCACGCUCAUCAAAACCACGGGUACCUCCAUCCUCUCCUCCUCCAGCCGAUGGGUCCAAUCGACCUCUAAACGUAUGCACUCACACGACGUCCGCGCCCUCGCCAUCUGGCCUCCUUAUACUCCCAUUCCACCCACCACAUCUUCACAUCUCCACCCCCACCCUGCCAACAUCUCACCCAUCCUCGCUUCCGGCGGCCUCGACAUGUCACUCGUUCUCUCUCCAGCCUCAUCGCCCUCCCAAACGACUCUCUCCAGAACAAAAACCAUAAACCCGCUUGCGACGAGUCAGGUGUCCACAUUUGAGGACGCUUACCAUAGGAGGGUGGGGUAUACUUGUGGGACGGAUGGUAGGAGCGCGGUGGGGUUGGCUAGAGGAGGACGACUAGUCGUCUUGGCGAGGGACAGGGGGGUCGUGGUCUGGAGGUUGCCGAAGACGGUGGGUUAUGAUUCGGGGGCCGGGGUCGGAAUGGGAUUGGGACAGGGACAGGAGGGAGGAUUCCCGUUGGAAGGCGAGGGGCAGGGAAACUGGGCGAUGGUGUUGGAGAUGGAUCUGAAUGUGCGGACGAAUAUUGUGUCAAGUGCGAUUUCGGACGAUGGAAAGUGGCUUGCGGUCGCGGAUUGGUAUGAGACGAAGCUAUUCGCGCUUUCGGAGGAUGACCGAACAUCCGACCUGAAACCCAAACGCAUCCGUGACUUCACGGCCAUCCUCCAAUCCCAUCUCCCGCAGACCAACUCUCAGCCUAUUACCCCAACCGGCGCCUCCUCCCUCCUCUUCACUCCCGACUCCUCAAAACUCGUCCUUGCCACCACCUCCUCAUCAUAUAUACUCGUCGUCGACCUCGGAAUUGAUACAGGCCGCCCGCGCGUUCUUCGUCGGUUCGACCAUCACCGGACUACAUCUUCACUCAUGGGUUCCCGAGUCGUCAAGGGCAAGGGUAAAACUGGUCCGACAGCCCCUGCGACGUCUGUCCUAGGGGAUAUUGAGAUGGUAGAGGCAGAGGCAGAAGCCGACGUCCAAGGAGGAAGUGACGCCAGCGAUUCCGGCUCUGAGCCAGAAACCGACCCCAGCAAGCUGAAAGAAUCCUUCGGCACCAUAUCACGCAUGUCCGUCUCUCCAGACGGCCAAUGGCUCGCAACGACAGAUUCGCAUCGUCUGACGCAUAUCUUCAAUCUUGAUUCCAUCCAGCAUCAUGCGCUCCUUCCUUCGUUCGCAUUACCAGUGCAAGCCAUGACUUUCUCUUCGUUCUCGCCUUCGCCGUUCUCUUCGUCGCAGUCUUAUCCUCUUUCGCAUCCGCAUUUAAACGGACAUCAACCGCACGCACACCUCGCGACUCCCACAUCCACCACUCCCUCUCUCGACGGUGGCUCCUCCCUCCUCGUUCUCAUCUUCCCCAACCAUACGAUGGAGAUAUACGACGUCGAGCGGAAAACGUUCCCCGGCUGGGCAAGAGAGUUCUGUAAGAACUUGCCGAGGAGAUUUAGUGGGUUGCAUGAUGCAGUGUUGGGCGUUGCUGUCGCUCCAGAUGGUAAUGGCGCCGGGACGAACUCGAUGGGUGCGGGGGUGUUGUUUAUGUGGGGUGCGACAUGGAUAUGUAAAGUCCAGCUCGAUGCCCCGAUAGGUUGGUCAGGGUUCAACAAGAAGCGAAGACGCAAGGCCAACCAGCUUGCAGCCACCCAAGGAGUCGCAGAAGGGCAACCAGGACAACAAAGAGAAGGAGAGGACAACUUCAAGCUCGUGACGCAUUACCGGCCGAUAUUGUACGCCGGGUUCUUAGAGAGGGGAGAGUUAGUGGUUGUGGAGAGGCCGCUGGUGGAUGUGCUGGCGAAGUUGCCGCCAGCGUAUUUCAAGCCGAAGUAUGGAGUUUCGUAGGUGGCGGAUCAAAAGUAGUUUUUUCUGCGUAUUAUGUUGCACGUUGGUAUGUAUAAUACGAUCACUACUGUGGGGAUUGCUACGAUAUGAUGUCUCAAGGUGUAGCGUGCAGCCGCCUGCGAACAAAGUCUGGCUUAGGGGCUACGGGCUAAUAAGAUAGAGGAAGAAGGCUCGUCGUAUGUCCUUCGCUAAAUAAACAGCGCUUACAC